AUGGCGACACCAUCCUCCUUCGUGGAGGACCGGGAAGCUGUUGCUGGCGACAGCACCGAGAGAACGCCGCUGCUAUCCUCAGCCUCGCCCGAUCACCAACAGGAUACCACGCAACAUCAACCACCCGCCAACGGCGUCGCCCGCCACAAUGACAACCACGACUAUAACGGGCAUGAUGAGGAGCAGACAAUCAUCGCCGAGGAAAUCUCGACGCCACGACUUCUCCUCGUCAUGGGCUCUACCUGGGUUGGCGUCUUCCUGGGCGCUAUCGACUCCACCAUCAUCGCGACACUCUCGGGCCCCAUCGCGAGUGACUUUCGUUCGCUGAGCCUGCUUUCGUGGCUCGCCUCGGCCUACUUCAUCGCCAAUGCCGCCUCACAGCCCAUCUCUGGGCGGCUCACCGACAUUUUUGGCCGCGGCCCGGGGCUCAUCCUCAGCAAUGUCCUCUUCGCCGCCGGCAAUCUCGUCUGCGGCCUCGCUCGCGACCCGGCCUCCAUGAUUACCGGGCGCGUCAUCGCUGGUGUUGGCGGUGGUGGCCUCAUGAGCAUCUCGACCUUCCUCGCCUCCGACCUCGUGCCUCUGCGCAAGCGCGGCAUCGUCCAAGGGCUCGGCAACGUCGCGUACGGUUCCGGCGCGAUGCUCGGCGGUGUCUUUGGCGGGCUCGUGAACGACCACAGCAGCAUGGGCUGGCGCCUCGCAUUCCUCGUCCAGGUGCCUCCCAUCGUCGUCUCGGGCUUCAUCGUCUGGCUCAUAGUUGACGUGCCGCCUAAGCAGAGCGAUAGCGCGUUGCUGUCGCGCAUCGACUUUGGCGGCGUGCUGCUCACCGUCUCCUUCCUCGUACUCAUGCUUCUCGGGCUAAACUCUGGCGGCAACUUGGUACCGUGGACACACCCGCUGCCGCUUGUCACCAUCCCGCUCUCGCUCGUCCUCUUUGGCGUCUUUCUUUGGUGGGAGAGUACUGCCCGCCAGCCCGUGAUCCCCGUGCGCCUGCUCGCUGACCGCACCGUGUUCGCCGCGUGCAUGACCAACUUCCUCGUCACCAUGCUCGUCAUGACGGGGUUGUUCUAUGGGCCGCUAUUCCUGCAGAUCCUCGGCAGCACAGCCACCACGGCCGGCUUGCAGCUCCUGCCCUCGUCCGUCGGCGCGUCCUUUGGCUCCGUCACGUCUGGACUUGUUAUGAAGCGCACCGGCCGGUAUUGGGUCAUCGGUAUCGCUUGCACGCUGACUAUAACGGCCGGUGUCACGCUCUUUGCCUUGCUCGACGCCUCGACACCCGUCUGGGUCGUCAGCGUGAGCUUCUUCCUCUCGGGCAGCGGCUACGGCGCCAUGCUGACCGUCACACUCCUCGCUGCCAUCGCUGCCGUCGAUCACGCCCACCAGGCUGUCGUCACCAGUGGCACUUACAUGGCGCGCAGCAUCGGCUCGACCCUCGGCGUCACCAUUGGGUCCGCUGUGUAUCAAAACGUCCUGAGGACGAAGCUGUGGGAGCGCUUUGGUCACUUGCCGGGGGCGGCGCGCGAGAUUAGUCGCAUCAGAGACAGCCUUGAUGAGCUGAAGCACUUGCCGCCGGGCUGGCACGAUGGCGUUAUCCAGUCUUUUGUUGAUGCAUUUCAUGCCGUGGCCCUGACGAUGCUGGGCCUGGCACUGGCAGCGGUCUUGUCCAUUGCGCUAAUGCGCGAGCACAAGCUGCACAAUAAUUUGUCGAGAAACUAG